AUGGUCAACUCCUGUUGUGGCUCUGUGUGCUCUGACCAGGGCUGUGGCCUAGAGAACUGCUGCCGUCCCAGCUGCUGCCAGACCACCUGCUGCAGGACCACCUGCUGCCGCCCCAGCUGCUGUGUGUCCAGCUGCUGCAGGCCCCAGUGCUGCCAAUCUGUGUGCUGCCAGCCCACCUGCUGCCGCCCCAGCUGCUGUCAGACCACCUGCUGCAGGACCACGUGCUGUCGCCCCAGCUGCUGUGUGUCCAGCUGCUGCAGGCCCCAGUGCUGCCAGUCUGUGUGCUGCCAGCCCACCUGCUGCCGCCCCAGCUGCUGUCAGACCACCUGCUGCAGGACCACGUGCUGUCGCCCCAGCUGCUGUGUGUCCAGCUGCUGCAGGCCCCAGUGCUGCCAGACCACUUGCUGCCGCCCCAGCUGCUGUGUGUCCAGCUGCUGCAGGCCCCAGUGCUGCCAGUCUGUGUGCUGCCAGCCCACCUGCUGCCGCCCCAGCUGCUGCAUCUCCAGCUGCUGCCGCCCCAGCUGCUGCAGGCCCCAGUGCUGCCAGUCUGUGUGCUGCCAGCCCACCUGCUGCCGCCCCAGCUGCUGCAUCUCCAGCUGCUGCCGCCCCUCUUGCUGUGAAUCCAGCUGCUGCCGCCCCUGCUGCUGCCUGCGUCCAGUCUGUGGCCGAGUCUCCUGCCACACCACUUGCUAUCGCCCAACCUGUGUCAUCUCCACCUGCCCCCGCCCCUUGUGCUGUGCCUCCUCUUGCUGCUGAGCCCCCUGCCCUGGCUCACCUCCCCCUUCACCGCUGGCCCACAGUGCAGACCCUUCUUCUGUGCUGGCUAUGAGGACACAUGGAGUGGGGUUGAUGUCAUUCAGUAGGGUUGU